AUGACAGACUUUGUUUUGCUAUCCUUAGUGGUUUCUGCCGUCGCUAUAUUACUUACUGCUUCUAAGCAAACUCGGCUGUUACUUAGCAACUCCUUCCAGAAGUACUACAAAAAAUAUGUAAGUACAUCUGCAGGCUCAACACCUGUUCAGAGCAGGAAGAACUCUUACAACUCUCCCAACGAACCUUUGCCCAAGCCAACGCCUCUCAUGAUCACUCCUGAUGAAGUUCAGAACUGGGAUGACAGACCAUGGAGACCUUUCAGAUGGCCUUACCAUCAAACAAUGUCCAUUUUCAAGUUGGAUAUUAACCACUGGUUGGAUAUGGAUAAGUACUACUGGCACUACAUUGAGGAAAAGAAGAGAAUCUGGCAUACGUAUGGACGUCAGAACAUUGACUGGCUUCCAGAAGCAUAUGAUGCUUGCUUGGAAUUGAUGGAAACAGUCCGUACUCACAUGGUUGACCGUUAUCCUUUGCUUUUCACUGUGUUGGUCGAUAAGAAGGAAAAUGGUGUCGUUCUUAGAAACGAGUUGACAAAGGAGAUCUUGGAUAUGACCUUACCAUUGAAAGAACACCCAUUAUUGUAUGUGACUAAGAUGGCUAAGGAGGACUUUUAUAUUGUUUUGAAGGACCCAAAAGAUGGGAAACAUUACUUGAAAGCCGCUGCAGUUCCUUUCCCUGGUGGAUCUUUCGGUAUUGACAAUAAAAUCGGAAAGCAUUUGGAUAUUAUCCAUAGCGAAGUUCCUUACUACGAGGAAAAAUUGAAGAGGUCAAUGGAAAGAUGGUUCGAGCGUUUGGAUGAAAACAACCCAGUUGAACGUGCUUCUUGGUACAUUUCGUGGGACCACAAGUUGAAGGUGAACAACAUUUACCAGUUGCCUAAAUUCGUUCCUAACUUGGAGGCAGACAUGAAGUCCACAGACCCCAAGCAGUUCAACGUUCGUGUUGAACGCCAAACUUUGAGAAGAUUACCAAAGAGUAGGGCUAUUAUCUUCACAAACCAUCCAAUCUUUUAUUCUAUUGACGAGAUGAAGGAUGAACCCAAUGUUCCUUCUCUUCUCAAGAAAAUCAUCUACGAGGCCCCAGAAGGUAUCAUAAAGUACAAGAACUUUGACUUUAUCAGAGACCACAUCUCAACCUAUUUGGACUCACUUAUCCAGCGCCAAAGAGAUUUGGGCAUCAUAGAUGCAGACACUCCAGUGAAAACUUUGCCCACUUAUCCUUUUGCUCAUUGGGCUAAGACAAACUUUGAUUAUGUAAAUGGCUGGUCCAAUCCAUCAUUCGCUGGAAACAAGCCCAAUUAUAAGGAAGAAGUGAAGAAAGAGGUUGUAUACCCUAACGACUAA